UUUUUGUAUUUUUAGUAGAGACGGGAUUUCACCGUGUUACCCAGGCUGGUCUUGAACUCCUGACCUUGUGAUCCACCUGCCUUGGCCUCCUAAAGUGCUGGGAUUACAGGCGUGAGCCACCGCGCCAGGCCUAAUUAUCUAUUUCUUGAUCUAAGUGCUACUUCUGCCAGUGUUCAGUUGGUGCAAGCCACCGAGCUUUUUGCCUAUGUUUGCCCCUGUCUGCAUUAUUUAUCCUUUAAUCAGUAGUUCUCCAAAACCCCAAACUCCAGCGCUUUUUUUUUUUUUUUUGGAGACAAGGCCUCGCUGUCGGGUGGAAUGCAGUGGCUCAGAUCAUAGCUCACUGCAGCCUAGAACUCCUGGGCUCAAGCGAUCCUCCCACCUCUGUCUCCCAAAGCGGUGGGAUUACAAGAGUAAGCCACCCCGCCCGGCCACAGUAAGUUUUUAGAAAAAAUUUUAAUUGCGGCCGAGCGCGGUGGCUCACGCCUGUAAUGCCAGCACUUUGGGAGGCCGAGACGGGGGCGGAUCACCUGAGGUCGGGAGUUCGAGACCAGCCUGACCAACAUGGAGAAACCCUGUCUCUACUAAAAUACAAAAUUAGCGGGGUGUGGUGGCGCAUGCCUGUAAUCCCAGCUACUUGGAAGGCUGAGGAAGGAGAAUCGCUUGAACCCGGGGGACGGAGGUUGCAGUGAACGGAGAUCGCGCCAUUGCACUCCAGCCUGGGCAACAAGAGCGGAACUCCAUCUCAAAAAAAAAAAAAAGAAAAAAUUUUAAUUGCAAAAAUCUUGAUAAGUUCUUAAAGCUGGACUUUUCCCCUUUUUUGUGUCCUAAGCCUGUGCUGAAUCUGUGCCUUCUUUGAAAUGCUUUCCCGCCUUCUUUCUCCGGGUCCCACCCUACCUGGGACCGCACUCUUCAAGCACUGGAUGCUGACUAACUCGUCUCCUUAUCUGUCUUCCCGAUUGGCAGAGCUGAGUUCUUACUAAUCCCCGCUAACCUGGAGUUAGGUGCGCGUUGCAAAGCAGUAACGAAUCCAAUCAGCCCAGGAGGCAGACAGCAAGGCCGGAAGAACAAGGUUGGAAAGGGAAACGUCGCACCGGCUCUGCCCAGCGGCGCCAGCCCGGGUAUCCUUACACAGUCGCGAAGCCACGCCCCUUUCCCAAGUACCUCCCCGCUAACUCCUCCCCCCGGCCCCGCCUCUCAUCCUGGAUUGCCUAAGGCCCCGCCCACCAGGCGUGGCCCCGCUCUGGGAGGGCCGCAGUCCCGCCAACGAUGACUCCGCCCCUCCUUCCGCUGAGAAACCUGUCCCUUUUAUUUAAAGAAUACCUUUUACGUCAGCCCGUCUACGUAGCUUUGCGUCAUCGGUGCUCGGCGCGGAGGCGGGACUUCCUGUCCCUGGUAUAACAGCUUCCGGGAGAAUCCGGAAGAGACCGGACCCUGAACAGUAUCGCAGAUUGCCAGCCCUUUUCCCGACCCCUACGGAAAGACGAGUCCAGGGGCCGUCCUGGCGAGGUCAAAACAUUUACUCUGGCCUUUUCAGGUGAGGACUUCCCCAUCCAGGCACAGUGCCGGUCCAAUCCCCCUUUAAUUUCCCAGGACUCCCCGCGUCCUCAAGCCCCGCCCCCAGUUCCCCAGCCCCGCCCCGAAGUUUGAGGGGUGUGGACGGUUUGUGACCCCCUUAGCCGACCCUACUCCUCACUGGCCGGGACAGCUGGGCUUAUCACGGAGGCUGGGGCCAGGCAGCCCUUCGGUUCGGGUGGGCCCAUGGACCCCAGUCCAACGCCGCGGGAAUAGGACCAUCCAAACGCGGAACCUUCGCCUCAGAAAAAGGGUGCGGGACCCCUCCUCACCGUGCGGUCACGGUACGGACAGGGUAGAUCACAGGCUGAGGGACAGAGCAAAGACCUCUGAGGCCGGACACCUGGGGUCCUCCCGGGCCCCUCCCCACGAGAGUUCCCUGUGUCUGUGCCAAUCGUUUUCGUCUUUCUUCGCCGCAGUUUCUUUUUCUGUAAAUCAUGGUUAAUGACAUUAACCUUCUUACCAUCAGGGGUUAGUUGUGGGUGUGAUAAAUAAUUGCUAUCAUUAUUAAGCAAUUGCAAUUUGCAGUGUGCCAGGCACUGUGCCAGGUAUUUUGCUUCGAUGAUUUCACGUCAUCUUCAAAACAACCUCAUGAGGGCUGGGUCAGUUAGAACCUAAACAAACUAGAGACCUGGUUGCAACCCCUCAGGCUCUGCUGAUGCUGUCCCCCUUUGUUCCUGCAGCGUGGACCCUGCCAGCAGCCAGGCCAUGGAGUUCUCGGAUGUCACCCUCAUUGAGGGUGUGGGUAAUGAGGUGAUGGUGGUGGCAGGUGUGGUGGUGCUGAUUCUAGCCUUGGUCCUAGCUUGGCUCUCUACCUACGUAGCAGACAGCGGUAGCAACCAGCUCCUGGGCGCUAUUGUGUCAGCAGGCGACACAUCCGUCCUCCACCUGGGGCAUGUGGACCACGUGGUGGCAGGUCAAGGCAACCCUGAGCCAACUGAACUCCCCCAUCCAUCAGAGGGUAAUGAUGAGAAGGCUGAAGAGGCUGGUGAAGGUGGGGGAGACUCCACAGGGGAAGCUGGAGCUGGGGGUGGUAUUGAGCCCAGCCUUGAGCAUCUCCUUGACAUCCAAGGCCUGCCCAAAAGACAAGCAGGUGCAGGCAGCAGCAGUCCAGAGGCCCCCCUGAGAUCUGAGGAUAGCACCUGCCUCCCUCCCAGCCCUGGCCUCAUCACUGUGCGGCUCAAAUUCCUCAAUGAUACCGAGGAGCUGGUUGUGGCUAGGCCAGAGGAUACCGUGGGUGCCCUGAAGAGCAAAUACUUCCCUGGACAAGAAAGCCAGAUGAAACUGAUCUACCAGGGCCGCCUGCUACAGGACCCAGCCCGCACACUGCGUUCUCUGAACAUUACCGACAACUGUGUGAUUCACUGCCACCGCUCACCCCCAGGGUCAGCUGUUCCAGGCUCCUCAGCCUCCUUGGCCCCCUCGGCCACUGAGCCACCCAGCCUUGGUGUCAAUGUGGGCAGCCUCAUGGUGCCUGUCUUUGUGGUGCUGUUGGGUGUGGUCUGGUACUUCCGAAUCAAUUACCGCCAAUUCUUCACAGCACCUGCCACUGUCUCCCUGGUGGGAGUCACUGUCUUCUUCAGCUUCCUAGUAUUUGGGAUGUAUGGACGAUAAGGACAUAGGAAGAAAAUGAAAGGCAUGGUCUUCCUCCUUUAUGGCCUCCCCCCUUUUCCUGGCCAGAGCUGGGCCCAAGGGCCUGGGAGGGAGGGGUGGAAAGGAUGUGAUGGAAAUCUCCAUAGGACACAGGAGGCAGGUACGAGGCCUCCCCUUCUCAUCCACAGGAGUACAGAUGUCCCUCCCGUGCAAGCACAACUCAGGUAGAAAUGAGGAUGUCAUCUUCCUUCACUUUUAGGGUUCUCUGAAGGAGUUCAAAGCUGCUGGCCAAGCUCAGUGGGGAGCCUGGGCUCUGAGAUUCCCUCCCACCUGUGGUUCUGGCUCUUCCCAGUGUCCUGCAUGUCUGCCCCCAGCACCCAAGGCUGCCUGCCAGGGCAGCUCAGCAUGGCCCCAGCACAACUCUGUAGGGAGCCUGGAGUAUCCUUCCAUUUCUCAGCCAAAUACUCAUCUUCUGAGACUGUAAUCACACCAGCGGGAAUGAAGAUUGUGCCAGCCUUCUCUUACGGGCACCUAGCCGCCUUCACCUUCUCCCACUACCCCUUAGCAGGAAUAGGGUGUCCUCCCUUCUUUCAAAGCACUUUGCUUGCAUUUUAUUUUAUUUUUUUAAAAGUCCUUCAUAGAGCGCAGUCAGGAAGGGGAUGGGGCACCAAGCCAAGCCCCCAGCAUUGGGAGCGGCCAGGCCACAGCUGCUGCUCCCGUAGGCCUCAGGCUGUAAGCAAGAGACAGCACUGGCCCUUGGCCAGCGUCCUCCAAGGACUGGGUAUGGAUCUCUGGGCCCUAGGUUCUUGCUUCUGGGGCUAUUGGAGGGUCAGUGUCUGUGACUGAAUAAAGUUCCAUUUUGUGGUCCCGGAA